AUGCCACAACGCGUAUUGUCAAGCAAAUUUUUAAAUCGAUUUAAAUCUAAAUUCGUAGAAAAUGGUUAUCAACUGUUAGAUACAAGUGAACAUGAAGAUUUUAUUUUUUCAUUAUCUUCUUCUGACGACUCUCGAAGAACACCCUGUUAUAGUGAUAUAUCAUCAUCAUCAUCAUCAUCAGAACAAUGUGAAAAUACAAAUGACCUUAAUAAUAUGUCAGAAAACGAAGAACAGAUUUAUUGUAGUCAGGCAAAACGAAUUACAUCUCAAAAUUCUCAAAAAAACUUUGAAAUUUUUUAUGAAAUUCACAAUGGUUUUACAUUAGACCAAGUAUCAAUUAUUGAAAAUGCUUUACAAAUUGUUGCUGAUAGAUUAUUUAAACCAGAAAUUUUACAAAAUAUGUAUCAAAUUUGUGGUAAAUCUAACUGUUUCUUAACACGAGAAGUAUUAUCACAGUCAAAUUUAAUAGAAAAUUCAAUUUAUUUCAAUCAAUAUUUAUUAUUACAUUAUCAAUUAAUGUGUCUUAAAGUCCAAUGUGAAAACGGUGAAAUGCCCAUCAUAAAUAUUUAUCCAAUUCAUGGAAAAAAUCAAAAAGAAAAUAACGAUUCUUUUCCAUGUGUAGCUUGUAUUUCUCAUGGAUCAUCAUUUAUAAUUGAUGGUGAAUUCGAAGUUGAAUUAAAUCAAGAUAAACUUAAUGGAUCAGUUAAAAACAGUUCCAAUGCUUUAUUUUGGGCUGGAGAAAUUGUUUAUGAAAUACUUCGGAAUUUAGGUCAUCGAUCCAAUGAUAUUUCUUACAGAAAUCGAUCACAAAUUAAUAUUUUUAAACAAUGUUUUCUACAUAAUGGAAAUUAUAUUCCUAUUAAAAAACAAAAAUAA